AGUUGGAAGAAAAUCUAAAUUAGUGAUUCAAUACAGGUCCCAACUUUUCUUGAAGCUGGUCGACUUUUUUAUCUUUUUUUUUCCCAUUAUCAAACUCACCAAGAUAGUCAAGGGUUGAUGCAGAGCUUGAGAACAAGCAAUUAAGAUGGAUCUCUUGAGUUGGUUAAUGUACCUUGUUUCCUACGUGAUCUUGUUUCAAGCCCUCCAUGCAAUCACAAGAAAAUUGGGAAGAAGGGCCAAGCUUCCGCCUGGUCCACCAACAAUUCCCAUCUUCGGGAACCUCUUUCAGCUUGGUGAUAAUCCCCAUAAGUCUCUUGCCAAACUUGCCUCGGUUCAUGGGGACAUCAUGACUUUGAAACUUGGGCAAAUAACUACUGUAGUUUUCUCGUCUGCAACGAUGGCCAAAGAAAUCCUCCAAAAGCAUGAUGCCGUAUCUUGUAACCGAACCGUUCCUGAUGCCAUUCGUGCCCUUCGACACCACGAAGUCGGAUUGCCUUGGAUGCCUGCUUCAACCACAUGGAGAAAUCAUAGGAAAAUCUGCAAUUUGCACAUUUUUGCUAGUCAUAGACUUGACGCUAACCAAUACUUGAGGCGCACCAAACUAGAACAACUCCUCGCUGAUGUUCGUCAUAGUUCCCGCAUCGGAGAAGCUGUUGAGAUACGCCAAGCUGCUUUUAAAACUACGCUUAGUUUUAUGUCAAAUACUAUUUUCUCUAUUGAUUUAUCCGACUCUUCUCAAACUUCUGCGGAGUUCCGAGAAAUUGUGCAGGGUAUCUUGGAAGAGUUAAGAAAACCCAACUUUGGUGAUUAUUUCCCUAUUGCUAAUCUUGACUUGCAGGGCAAUAGGCGUCGAAUGACAAUUCAUUUAAGAAAGAUUAUGGAUCUUUUCGACAAUUUGAUCGAUGAGCGGGUGGAGUUGAGAAGGAUGAGUGAUUAUGUAUCAACUAAUGAUUUAUUGGAUACUCUUCUCCAACUCAGUCAAGAAAACAACCAAGAGCUUGACAAAAAUCAGAUCAAACAUUUGAUUCUGGUUUUAUUUAUAGCGGCAACUGAGACAACUACAAGUACAAUAGAAUGGGCAAUGGCAGAAUUACUCCAUAACCCCCAAGCUUUACUGGAAGCCCGGAGAGAACUUAAACAAAUAAUUGGCAAAGGGAACCUGGUGGAGGAAUCCAAUGUUACUUGUUUACCUUAUUUGCAAGCAAUUGUCAAGGAAACAUUGAGGUUACAUCCUCCAGCUCCUUUUUUAAUCCCUCGAAAAGCUGAAGCAGAUAUUGAGGCUCAUAACUUCGUGGUUCCAAAGGGCGCACAAGUGUUUAUCAACGCAUGGGUUAUAGGUCGAGAUCCCAAUUUUUGGGAGGAGCCCGACUUGUUUCGACCAGAAAGGUUCAUAAGAUCAGAAAUGGAUGUUAAAGGAAAUGACUUUGGACUGAUUCCAUUCGGAGGUGGGCGACGAAUUUGCCCUGGAUUGCCAUUGGCCAUGAGAAUGUUGCACUCAAUGUUGGGUACACUUAUUCAUUCAUUUGAUUGGGAACUUGAAGAUGGAGUUGCACCCGAAAACUUAAACAUGGAUGAAAAGUUUCACUUUGUUUUACAGAAAGCUCAACCAUUAAGAUCUAUCCCACAUUCAAUUUGAUCCUGGUUUUUUCUGUUUGCUGAUAUUAUCUCAAGUACUGGAAAUGAAUAAGCUUGGAUUGUAAAACCUCCAAUUGUCCAUCAAUAAGAUCCUGAGAAUGGAUUAUAAUGUCUGCUACGGUCUUUUUCUUCAUAAAGCUCAGUAUCCCAGUUUUAUUUUAACAACAAUAUCAUGUUGAUUAUUUGUAUCUAUAACUACUGAAGACUUGAUGACAAAGUUAUUAUCGAAUUAUUUUAUAUUAUAUUUCAUGUUUUUCAAA